AGAGAGGACGUCAGUGCGCGUGCGUCCGUCACGGACUAAAGUGUCCUCACAAGGUGCAGUGAAGUGGACGCAAGAAGUCCUCCUGGCUUUUGUCUCCGUGACUGCAAGGCCCCCACGGAAGAGGAGGAGGAGGAGGAGAAAGGACACGCGCGGGUUGCGUCCUGGCCGCGCCAUGCCUGCGCUGCUGCGGCCGUGACGCGCGCUUGGAGCAUGAAGACGACGCGCAAGUGUCGCGCCCUGCUGUCCGUGGGCCUGAACCUGGUGGCGCUCUUCUUCUCCACCACCGCCUUCAUCACCACCUACUGGUGCGAGGGCACGCAGCGCGUCCCCAAGCCCAACUGCAGCCCGCAGCGGCGCCACAACUGCAUCGACUACGGCGUCAACGAGACGGACCAGAGCAAGGUGCACUACAGCUGGGAGACCGGCGACGACCGCUUCCUCUUCCGCCGCUUCCACACCGGCAUCUGGUACUCGUGCGAGGAGAACAUCCAUGAGGCAGGUGAGAAGUGUCGCAGCUUCAUUGACCUGGCGCCCGCGUCAGAGAGAGGCGUGUUGUGGUUGUCGGUGGUGUCCGAGGUUCUUUACAUCCUGUUGCUCGUAGUGGGCUUCAGUCUGAUGUGUUUGGAGCUUUUCCACUCCAGCAACGUCAUCGACGGACUCAAGCUCAACGCCUUCGCCGCCGUUUUCACCGUGCUCUCUGGUCUUCUAGGUAUGGUGGCCCACAUGAUGUACACACAAGUGUUUCAGAUCACAGUCAGUCUGGGUCCCGAAGACUGGAGGCCUCACAGCUGGGACUAUGGUUGGUCGUUCUGCAUGGCAUGGGGUUCUUUCACAUGCUGCAUGGCCGCCUCCGUCACCACGCUCAACUCCUACACCAAAACUGUCAUCGAGUUCCGCCACAAGCGCAAACUGUUCGAGCAGGGUCUCCGAGAGGAACAGAACUUCCUGGACCAGGAGGCCUUCCACUAUUUCCGGGACCGCUCCCUGCAGUCCAUCUCCGGCGCCCUGGACGUCUACGCCGGCCACGGGGGCAUGGCUGGUCCUGGUCCCGGUCCCGACUCUGGACCAGGGCCUGGUCGGGGGAAGAUGAGAUCGGCCUCCAUAGACUUGGGCGAGAACACGGACUCACUGGGGGAGGAGCAGUGCUGAGACUCCUGGGACAGAACCCUGACACGGUUCUGAGCUCAGAUGUGAAUGUGCUUUAUGUGUUUUAUCAGCUCAAACAGACUUGAUAAGAGGGAGAAAGUUAGUGAAACAUGAAGACUCUCUUUGUUUAUAUAUGACUAAUACUACACAGUAUGAUGAUAACAACAACAUGCAGUAUAUGAUGCAACUUUUGGUCUGUUUGUGAAAGUUUGCGUUUUCAAGAUGCUACAAGUAGUAUUUGAAUGUAACUCGGUGACGUCCGUCCUUUGAAUAACCAGAAACCGGUGCCCUGAAUGUUACAUUGUGUGUAACAGGAAGAGAAGGUAGCAGGUUUACACUUUUACAAUUUACCACAGGGGUGCUUUAGUUUUUUUCCAUGAAACAUUAAAUCAUGCGGGGUCCAUUUUCAAAGUAUUGAUUUUAAAAACCAAACAGAUUUAUCCAUCGUUUUUAACCUUGAGAGCUCCCCUCAAGUUUGGUCUCGGGCACCCCCACAAAAUUGUGACAAAUAAGUCAUUUAUUAUUAUUAUUAUUAUUUUUUUAAUAUUCAACGCUUCUAUCUCUAGAUCAACUUUAAGAAAUUAUGAUUUAUGUCCUUUUUUUAUAGAAUUUUUUUAUGGCAAAAACUCAAAAUAUGCAAUAUUUUCCACAAAAAAAUAUUUCAAAGGGAAUAAUAUUUGAUGUGAAGUAAUUGGAGCCUUGAAUAGAUUCAUAUUUCAAAACAUUGAUCUUGAUUCAUUAUCAUAAUUUUUUUUUUCUUUUAGCAAAGGCAGUUAAAAAAAACAAAUCACACUAAAAAUCCUGUGGAUUCAAAAAGGCACCACUUAUGAAAGUUAAAAAUGAAUCAGACAUCCUUUUAUUUUUUUUGUUUGAACACUUCAGCAUCAAAUAUUUUUAUUAAUUUUUAUGUAUUUAAAAUGUUCUCACUUCGUUGUUUUUAUAUGGCAAACACAAAAUAUCCAACAUUUUCACCUCCUAAUAUUUCAAAGUGGAAUAUUUGAUGUGAGGUACUUGAAGCCUUGAAUCAGUCAAUAAUUCAUGACAACAUCGGUUUAAUUCAUUAUAUUUUUGGAGUAACGACAUUUUUUUUUAUAAAUUCCACAAAAAUGAUUGGGAAUCCAAAAGGGCCCCAUUAACGACAGUGUUAAAAAUGAGUCAAACAUGCUUUUUUUCUUUCAGCAUUUGAGUCUUACCAACUUCAGAUUUAUUUGUCAAGUUAAAAUUCUUAUAUUUUUUAAUCAUUUUUGUUUGUUUUCUGCCCUUUAUGUCAAAGAACACUUAGUUUUCGAUAUGGCAAACACACAAAAUAUGCAACAUUUUCCCUAAAAAAUAUUUCAAGGUUGAAUAUUUGAUGUGAAGUAAUUGGAGCCUUGAGUAGAUUAAUAUUUCAAAACACUGAUCUUGAUUCAUUGUCAUGAUUUUUUUUUUUUUUUUUUCAGCAAAGGCUGUUAAGAGAUAAAGCACACUAAAAAUCCUGGGGAUCCAAAAAGGCCCCACUUAUAAAAGUUUUAAAAAUAAAUCAGACAUUCUUUUUUUUUAGUUUGAACACUUAAGUCGAUACGUUACUUUUAUUUAUUUUUUAUGUAUUUUAAUUUUUUUGUCAAAUAAUAUAUAUAUUUUUUAUAUGGCAAACACACAAAAUAUGCAACAUUUUCACCCCCUAAUAUUUCUAAGUAGAAUAUUUGAUGUGAGGUAAUUGGAGCCUUGUAGAGGUCAACAAUUCAUAACAACAUUGGUUUAAUUCAUUAUAUUUUUUGAGUAAUGAGGUUUUUUUCCUUAUAAAUUCACCAAAAAUUAUUGGGAAUCCAAAAGCACCCCGCUAACAAAAGUGUCAAAAAUAAGUCAAAAUGCUUUUUUCUUUCAGCAUUUAAAUCUUAUCAACUUCAGAUGUAUUUGUCAUGUACAAAUUUUUAUAUUUUUUAUUAUUUUUGUUUGUGUUCUGCACUUUUUGUAAAAAAAAAAAAACCCUAGUUUUCGAUAUAGCAAACACACAAAAUAUGCAACAUUUUCCCCAAAAAAUAUUUUAAAGUGGAAUAUUUAAUGUGAAGUAAUUGGAGUCUUGAAUAGGUUUAAUAAUUCAUAACAACAUUAAGUUUGAUUUGUUAUUUUCUGAGCAAUGACAGCUUUAAAGAAAAAAAAUACCAGCCUGCAUGGCAGCUUUCUGUUAUUAGAACCAACCUUGCAAAUUUUUCUCUUUAUAUUUAUAUAAUUUAUAUAAAAUUUCACCUGUUUGCUCUUUUCUUCUACUCUUUAUUUACAUUUUUUAUAGUAUUUUUAGAAUGCGCUGCGUGCCGUAAAAAAAAUUAGUUGCGGGCCACAAAUGGCCCCCUGCUGCACAUUGAACACCCCUGGUUUAACAUGUCUGAAAAGGAGUAGAAAGAUGCAGACCCUAACCCUUUCAGCACUUCCUGACAGUUUGUUCUCUUCCUGUUACUCAUAAAUCAAUGCUAAUCAUCACAUGUUUUUCAUUAGGACAAAAUGCUACACGUAGCACUUUGAAUCAACUUUUUUUACAGGCGGUUCAUUGACACUGAAUGUGAACACUUAAAGCACAGUAGUGUUCUGCGAAAACCAACUAUUCUUACACAGCUUGCGUUCUGUACAGUAUUUGUACCAAUCCUUGCACCCAGUUGAAACACAAACAAUAGCAUUACAAUACAGAUAUUUACUCAGAAGUUAGUGCUGUCAAACGUUAGCGCGCAUUUUCUUCCAGUCAGUCAUUUAAAAAGGGUUCUGCGAUAUUUGUGAGUUUUACUGUCAUUAAACGGUCAUUGUUGAACAUGUAAGAACUAAAGAGUUAAAGAACAAGCUUUUUGGUGUUAAACUAUAUGUGGUGUGGUGUUUAUCUAUUUGAAUGAGUAUGCACAUGAAUAAACAUCACAAU